GGGCGCUUCCUGUUUGUCUCCGCCGAGCACAGCGGCGGCCAUGGCGGCGGCGGCGGCGGGGGGAGCCGGGCCCGGCGGGGGCGGCCGGCGAGGAGCCCGCACGGUGCCCACCAACAUCCUGGCGCAGCUCCGGCACGGGCAGCUCAGCGGCUGCGGGCUGACGCGGGGGGCGCAGAUCACAGAGGCCUUGUUAAAAGAAAGAGAUAAACAAGCAAAAUGGAAUGGGAUUCCCUUACUGCUGCAAAAGCUGUACGAACACAGCCACCCCAACAGCGACUUCUCCCAGUGCCAAAGCAUCUUAAAGGAAAUCUCUCCACUUCUUUCAAUGGAAGCCAUGGCAUUCGUUACAGAAGAUAGAAAAGCUGCUCAAGAGUCAACUUUCCCAAACACAUACACAUUUGACUUAUUUGGAGGAGUCGAUCUUUUAGUUGAAAUUCUCAUGAGACCAACUCUUAUUACACAGAAAAAGAAACAGAAAAUAAGCGAUGACCUCAUCAAGGACUGUUUAAGCGUACUGUACAACACGUGUAUAUGUACGGAAGGAGUCACACGGCGAUUGGCAGAAAGAAAUGACUUUGUAUUGUUCCUGUUUACCCUGAUGACAAACAAAAAGACAUUCCUGCAAACUGCAACACUCAUUGAAGAUAUCCUGGGAGUUAAAAAGGAAAUGAUCCAGCUGGAUGAUAUUCCCAAUCUUGCGAGCCUUGUGUCCAGUUUUGAUCAGCAGCAGCUUGCGACCUUCUGCAGGAUCCUGGCUGUUACAAUUUCUGAAGUCGACCUGGGAAGCGAUGACAAGCACACGCUUCUUGCCAAAAAUGCCCAGCAGAAAAAAAACUUGGGUCCUUCUCGAGCUGAAAUUAAUCAAGCUACACUUCUGAAUAUUCCAGGCUUCAUUGAGCGACUGUGCAAACUGGCCACCCGGAAGGUGUCUGAAACAACAGGUACUUCCAGCUUCCUCCAGGAGCUGGAGGAGUGGUACACCUGGCUGGACAACGCGCUGGUCCUGGAUGCGCUGAUGAGAGUAGCGAACGAAGAGGCGGAACAGAGCAGUACAGAGUCUUCGGAUGAAAGUGGAUUGGCCAACACCUCAACGCGAACACAGCUCCCACAGUCCAUGAAGAUCAUGCACGAGAUUAUGUAUAAGCUGGAGGUGCUGUAUGUUCUCUGCGUGCUGCUCAUGGGGAGACAAAGAAAUCAGGUUCAUAAAAUGAUAGCAGAGUUCAAACUGAUCCCUGGCCUCAAUAACUUGUUUGACAAACUGAUCUGGAGAAAGCAUUCAGCGUCAGCCCUUGUUCUGCAUGGACACAACCAAAAUUGUGAUUGCAGCCCAGACAUUACUUUAAAGAUCCAGUUCUUGAGGCUUCUUCAGAGCUUUAGCGAUCACCACGAGAACAAGUAUCUCCUUUUAAACAGCCAAGAGCUUAACGAGCUGAGCGCCAUCUCCCAUAAGGCCAACAUCCCUGAAGUUGAUGCAGUUGUCAACACAGACAGGAGUCUUGUCUGUGAUGGGAAAAGAGGUUUGCUGACCAGGCUGCUUCAGGUCAUGAAGAAGGAGCCAGCUGAAUCCUCCUUCAGGUUUUGGCAAGCAAGAGCAGUUGAAAGUUUUCUGCGAGGCACCACGUCCUAUGCAGACCAGAUGUUCCUGCUAAAGAGAGGACUCCUGGAGCAUAUUCUCUACUGCAUUGUUGAUAGUGAGUGCAAAUCACGAGAUGUGCUUCAGAGUUACUUUGACCUUCUGGGAGAACUGAUGAAAUUCAAUAUUGAUGCAUUCAAGAGGUUCAACAAAUACAUCAACACAGAUGAGAAGUUUCAGGUAUUUUUAAAUCAGAUCAACAGUUCGUUGGUUGACUCAAACAUGCUUGUUCGCUGCAUUACGCUGUCCCUGGACCGAUUUGAGAAUCAGUCUGAUGCUAAAGUCGCCGAAGUCCUGUCAGAGUGCCGCCUGUUAUCGUAUAUGUCCCAGAUGUCCAUGAGGAUGUCCUUCCUUUUCCGUCUCAUUAAUAUUAUUCACGUACAGACGCUUACGCAGGAAAACGUCAGUUGUUUGAACACAAGUUUAGUUAUCCUAAUGCUGGCUCGAAGGAAAGAAAAGCUACCUUUUUAUCUGCGCACUUUGCAACAGAUGGAAUAUACAGAAAAAUACCCAGGCUUCAUCCUGAACAACUUCCACAGUCUCCUGCGAUUCUGGCAACAGCAUUACCUCAACAAGGAUAAAGACAGCACCUGCUUAGAAAAUAGCUCAUGUAUUAGUUUUACCUACUGGAAAGAGACUGUAUCUAUACUGCUCAGUCCCGACCGGACGUCCCCCUGUGCCAUAGUUAGCUACAUUGACGAGGCGUAUAUGGACAUUGACAGAGACUUUUCUGAGGAGUAAUUCUUCACUCUGGCUUCUGAUGGACAGCGCUUGGAGGGUACCUCGCAGCCCGUGGAUUUUCAGGGAUACGCUGUGUAGUGUGUGUGUGUGUGUGCGGCUUGGAACCGUGGAGCAUUGUCAAAACCCCGGCCCCCUCCCGGCCCCCAUCUCCGAUCUCUGAUGGAUGAGCCUUUGAAAGCUCUCUGGGCAACACAUUCAGGGAUGUAUCUUCCAGUUCUUCUGGGAUAAAAAUAUUCACCUGCAAAAAAAGCCUCUUUAUUAUUAUUUUUCCUCUGUCCCAGUCCAGUGUGGCUGGUCAGAGAUGUAUUUUUUUUUUGGUGACAGAUGAGGACACUCUAUGUGCCAAUGUAGUUGUCACUGUCUCUCAUGGCUACCAGAAUUAGCAAGUCAAAAAGCACAGGAAUUGCCCUCCAGAUGUGAGGUGUGGGGAGCCAGCCUGCGUGGGCCCCCCCAGCCGUGGGCAGAGCCGCCGCCAGGGCUCCCCUCCCUCCUCCAUCGGGGUUUGGGAUCGGGGGGUCAGGGUUGGUUAGAGUGAGUGUGUGCGUGUGUGCUUUUAAUUCCUGAGAGCCCCAGCUCCAGUCACCUCUUUACCAUCGACUUUUGGAUCAUUUGGUACUCAAUUUGUCUGUGCAUUAGGAGAGAACCUCUGCUCCUCCUGUCUCUCCUGCAGAUCCUUCCCACCCGAAGGCGUUUUACAACGCUGCAGAGAACAGAGACAUUUCAGCAGUGGUGGAAUUGCAACAGGGGGCGGCUUUUUCACGGAGCACUAGCAUUAAAAUGUACUAAUUUUUUAAACUUGCGGCUUGUCCCUUCUUGGGUAACUAAUUUGGUUUUAAAAUCCUUGUCAGGACCAUUGCUCUUGCUGCUAACCUGCUUUGCCUGGAAGUCUUAUGUCAGUCUCUGCUUUCAGUCCUUAAUAUCAACAUACACGUUAAUCUUGAAGUGCAAUAUUUACUGGAGAUGUCAGGUUUUUCCUUGGCCUGUUUUAAUCAGAAUGUGUUAAAUGCUGGGAAUAAACACUCCUGGUUAAAAGUAACUUUGUAGGAUGUGUUGGGAAAGGGGAGUCAGGUUUUGGCCAUCCUGAUUGCCAAACCUGCACGUGUCCUGUCUGCUCCGUUAAUUCUGUUGCUCUAAGACAGUCAGAUUCCCAGGAAUGAAAUAGUCUGAAGUUCUGAGCCACUGCAUUUGAGUAAAAAAACACAUCUCGCAGCUCCAGCUAAAAGAACACAGUUCUCUUUGAGACAUGCAUCUGAAUUUUUAAAAGAUUUUCUUAACUUAUUUGAUGAGAUGACUUGACUUCAGCUCUGUCCAGACUCCGGAGAGCGCCCGGUGAUGAGGAUGUCCCAGAGCUGUCGAGUUCUGUCUCUCAUCUUUGCCAGAAGAACGAAACCCCCUCUGAGGAUCCCUGUGCCAGGGCCUGGAUGAGGCUUCCAGCCACGGGUGCAGGUCGUGCUCUCGGAAUGUCACCCUUCUCCUCUCUCACACUCGGGUGUCCUGCUCUGGACUUGCAGUCUGUACUUCGCUUGUGCUUGUGGGGUGGUUGGAGCUGCUGAAACCUGGAGCCUUGCAGGAGCCCCUGGGGAUGCUUGUUCCCUCCUUGGGGGGCUGAAUCCCCUGGGCAGCCCCUGCCCUGCUCCAGGGACGUCACCCUGGUCGCACUCUGUGUCAGGGAGCUCCUCACCACAGCAGCUGCAACUCUAUGUUCUUCAUCAGGUCCCCCCCUGCCCCUUCCCUCCACUGAGCUGAUUUCUUUCUCAUCUGUACUUUUUUUGUUCUUGGGUAUUUGUGUUUUUGGUGUAUCUUUGCUUCUUCUCAACUGUAAUAGAUGUACACUUAAAAUAAAUGCUUCAAAUUAAAAGGCUUUUAAGUUAAGGGAUGCCUUUUCCAUAGUCUAGUUAAUUGGUGCAUCCAACGAUUGCUGCUGUAAACCUGCAGAGUCUCAUUUCCAUCUCUGUGUUUAUGUAACAUACAAUUAGGGGCCAAACUCCCUGGGUCCAGCUGCUCUCAUGCCAACCUGCCCCCUGGCUCCCUGCGGGGCAGCACAGUGCCGUGAGUCCUCACUGAGGUGGGUGGCACAGGGACCAAACCCACGGCAGCUGCUCCAAGGAGGGAGCGCGCUGGGCUCCUGGGGAAAGGCUUUGUCUGCAGAGGGUCACAGACCAGAUGCCUCAAUCUUGAGAGGGACCAGCUCUGUCCUUCGUCCUUGUUCUGUCUUAUUUUGGAGAGCACGGGGAGGACAUGUCCUGCGUAGUGCUGGCUGCAGGGGAAGGUGCAGGGGGCUGGGGCAGGGGAGGGGAGGUGAGACCCUUGUCACUAACAAAUACUUCUGGAAGUCUGCACUGUCCCCAUGGACUGCUGAGGUUUGUGCUGCCCAGGUUAAUGCCAAUUUACUAACUGCAAAUAAACAUAUUAAAUGGAAACUAUUAAAGAAAUCUAUUUUAAAGAAA